AUGGGAGGAGCAUUAAAUUUCAGUUCAGUCGGUGUUACCAAUUUAACAAGGGAUAUCCUUAAAGCUACGAAUGAUGACGUAUUCAGCAACACGACAGCUGCUAACAUUCACAACGCAACCAGUGGGGAAAUCUUCGGUAACGAAACAAUCAUCUCCAAUGAGAGCAAAUUACGUAGUUUGCUGGCACCGUUCUUUUCUGUCGUCUUCCCAGGAAUGUGUGCUCAAGUGGUUGCAUUCUACUGUCUGAGUAAGGACAGGGGUAAAAAAAUGAAUAUGAUUAAUCGCCUGUUCCUUGUCCUCUGCAUAAUCGAUGCUCUCGGUCUUUGCGCCAUCUCUACUCAUCACGUUAUAUUCAACUUUGUCAACAACCCAUCCACUCUGACCUGUGCCUUCAUCAACUUUUUUAUGUGCGUCCUCCCGCUCUCCUCCGGCGCAGUUACAACACUGAUGAGCGUGGAGCGAUGCCUCAAGUUCCGAGCACCAUACUGGUACAGUGUGAACAUCUGGAGCAAGAAGGUCAAGGUACCUAUCAUCAUGACAACUGGUGUUUUCGUAAUUGUUGGUCUUUUUCCGAUAUGCGGCCUCGGAUACAUUGUCUCUGAGCAGGAACCAAGAAAAUGCAUUGCCUUCCCUACUACUGGACAAAUGUACAACAGUCCUAAAGGUGUCUAUACUCUGGCAUAUGCCGUAGUUGGCAUGAUAACCGUGGCCGUUGACGUCGCCUGCAACAUUGCUGUUAUCGUUACACUUAUCGGUAUGUCCGACGACAAAGAGCACGUACACAAGGCCGACGUAUCCAGAAGAGAGAAGUCUCCAGAGGUGGAGAUGGCGAAGAUGCUAUUGUGGCUGUCGCUGGGGUUUAUGAUCACCCUGUCUCCGCUAUAUGUGUCUCUGUUCUUCAUGUACGCUGGCUUCAUCUUUCCACCGGGAUUAAAGGCAGCCACCCAUAUCUUGGCGGGCCUCAGCUUCACCCUUGAUCCUUUCAUCUACAUCUUCACACUGGGGACCUACAGAAGAUCAGCGAAGAAGCUAUUUUGUGGGUGUUGUUUAUGCAUUUUUGAUAGGAAAUCCUCGCACUCCUUGGAGUUUCAAGAUCCAAGUUCCGUCACUGCAACAUAA